AUGUUUAGAGGUUACCAUACGAUUAGGGCGUUGUACGACUCAGGUCCCCAAAAGUUUGUUGACGUCAACGGUUGGAUUCAAUCGAUCAGACAGUUGAAAAGAAUAGCGUUUAUAGAUCUUCGAGAUGGUACUUCAACUAAGUCCUUAAAGAUAGCUGUACCAUUAUGUGAUCAAUCAUUAAUAGAAUCCGUUAAAAACUUGAAAACAGGUCAAUGUGUUUCUAUUUCUCAAGCUCAGUGGGUGCCUACACCUCAAAGAGAACAACCUUUUGAAUUAAAAGUGGGAGAUGCGCUAAAGGAUAUUCAAAUCCUAGGUAACGUUACAUCACAAUACCCGUUACAAAAAAAGUCUCAUAGUUUGUCAUUCUUGAGGACACUACCACAUUUAAAGCAUAGAUCAAAUUAUUUGGGUUCAUUGCUGAGAUUUAGAUCUCAUGUGGAAAAUACAUUUAUCCAAUUCUUUGCCCAAAACGAAUUUACCAAAGUGACACCACCACUCAUUACAUCAAGUGAUUGCGAAGGUGGUGGUGAACUGUUUAAAGUUGAUGGAUCUAACGACUACUUCGGUAGAUCAGCUUAUUUAACGGUUUCCGCGCAAUUACAUUUGGAAGCACUGUCACUAGCCCUAAACCGAUGUUAUACAUUAUCUCCAAGCUUUAGAGCUGAGAAAAGUGAUACUAAUCGUCAUUUAUGCGAGUUUUGGAUGCUAGAGGCAGAAUGGUGUUUUGUCAGAGAUGUUAACGAAUUAACACAUUUUACCCAAAAUUUGUUGAAAUCUGUGAUUAAGUCAUGUUAUGACAAUAGAAACGAAUUAAUACCACAAAUUAUUCCUCAAGAAUCUGACCAAGUUUCCACCAUUAUACAGAGAUGGGAAAAUCUACUCAAAAAUGAUAACUGGCCAUCAAUCACCUACACUGAAGCCAUUAAAAUAUUAAGAGAACAACAUUCAAACGUCAAACCUUUCCCCAAUUACGAACCACAGUGGGGGUUAGCAUUACAGAGUGAACAUGAAAAAUGGUUAGCUGGUGAAUAUUUCCAGUCACCUGUAUUUGUUACCGAUUAUCCAAAGGAUUGCAAAGCAUUCUACAUGAAGCAUAACGACGAUGGCCAAACCGUGGCAUGCUUCGAUUUAUUAGUGCCUGGAAUGGGUGAAAUUGUGGGCGGUAGUGUGAGAGAAGAUGACUACAUUAAAUUAGUAACAGAGAUGGAUCGUAGGCAGAUGAAUCACAAUGGUGAUUUGGACUGGUACGCUGCCUUGAGACAAGAAGGUUCAGCUCCACAUGGUGGGUUUGGUUUGGGUGUGGAAAGAUUGGUAUCGUACUUGUACGGAAAUCACAACAUUAGGGAUGCCAUUCCAUUCCACAGGGCUGCUACUGGUACUAUUGAACUUUAA